AUGUCGGGCAGCACCAACGCCUGGACGACCUCUUCCCCCACACCCGAAGCUGACCUUGCUGCUCAUCUUUCCAACCUCGCUGUGGACGACUACAACGGCCCUACUCGCACAGCUGGCGGGAGCAACCCUCCUGCCUACAACGUGCACACACCUCCGCGCCCGGCCUUUGCGCCCUACGACGCCAACGCACAGUUCCUCUACUACGCAGUUGCCGCCAGUGGGAACUCGCUCGACCCUGCCACUUUCUCCCCACAGCACUUUCCCUACGAGCUCGGCACUCCUAUCCCGUCGCAAACCGCAGGCAUGACUUACGACCCCUACCCCUCUCCGUCGGAGGGCUACCCCCACCACGGUGACGCCCGUGCACCCACCGCCACGUCGUAUCAGCAGCAGCAGCCCGGCCUUGUCGGCGCGCGCGGCAACCACGUCAGCUACCGCCCGCCUCACAUGGCCCAGCAGCUCCGCGACCUCCAGGAUCUCACCGCGGCACAGCAGCAGCAGCAGUACUUCUAUGGCCAGCGGACGGGGUUCUGGGCGGCACCCCACACUCCUGAGCGCGGACUUGGGGGCAUGGCCUCGUCUGUUGCCAUGACCCCUAGCAACUCGCGUCAGCGCAACAACCGCAUGGGCUCUGGCGGUCCGCGCCGCAACAACUCGGGCCAGAACUCGCACCUUGCUUCCCAGCUCGCGGGGUUCCCCGAUCCACAGGCAGCGACUUUUGCUUCACUCGCGGCGUCGUACACCAACCCAUAUGGCUUGCAGACGCCGCUUACUCCAGCACUCACUGGACCAGGCGGCCAAGCUUACCCCUUUCCCGCGACGUACGGCGCCGCCGCUUACUCGCCCACGCCCAUCCACUUUGGCGGCUUUGUGCCCAAUGGCAAGCGUGGGCGUCAUGCUCACAUUGAGGACCCAGGCAUUGUCCGCAGUCAGCGCCUCGAGGACUUCCGCCAGCGCAAGAACUCGCGCAUGGAGUUUUCCGAGAUCUACGGCAGCAUUUGCGAGUUCGCCGGUGACCAGCACGGAUCGCGCUUCAUCCAGAACAAGCUCGAGACGGCAUCUCCAGAGGAGCGCGCCAAGGUCUUUGACGAGAUCAUGCCCAACGCGUACCAGCUCAUGACGGACGUGUUCGGUAACUAUGUCAUCCAGAAGCUCUUCGAGCAUGGCGACCAGCAGCAGAAGGCCGCCCUUGUCAAGAAGAUGGAAGGACACGUGCUCCAGCUGUCCAUGCAGAUGUACGGCUGCCGGGUCAUGCAGAAGGCGCUCGAGCACCUGCUCCUUGAGCAGCGUGAGAAGCUCGUCGCCGAGCUGGAGGGUCACAUCAUCGAGUGCGUCAAGUCGUCCAAUGCCAACCAUGUAAUCCAGCGACUCAUCUCGCUCGACCCGUCCAAGGAGGUCACGGACGCGUUCAUCGGCCACGUCCAGGAGCUCUCGGCUCACCCAUUCGGCUGCCGUGUACUCCAGAAAUCGUUCGAGGUUCUUGACCCGGUCAAGAUCCGUCCCCUGCUUGACGAGAUGCACAACUGCAGUCUCAAGCUGAUGAUCGACCAGUUUGGAAACUACGUCGUCCAGAGCGUCCUCACGGACGCCCCCGGGCGCGAAGCCGACCGCGACCGUGUAGUCGGCGAGAUGAAGGGCCGCAUCUUCGAGCUGAGUCGCCACAAGUUUGCAUCCAACGUCGUCGAGCGCGCGAUUCGCACGAGUAACCGCGAGGGCAAACGUGCCAUUAUCGCCGAGAUGAUGGGCGACUCUAUCGAGGAGGGCGAGAGUCGCAUCGGCACGUUGCUCCGUGACGGCUUUGGCAACUUUACGGUGCAGACUGCGCUCAACGAGGCCGAACCCGAUCACCGCGACCAACUCCUUUCGAUCAUCGUUCCCCUUAUGCCCCAGCUCAGACACUCGCCCUGCGGUCGUCGUCUCGACGCCAAGAUCCAGGAGUACGAGGCCAAGGGGAUCCUGCCCAGUUCAGCUGCGAACUCGUCGUCCGACCACAAGGACACCGACGGCUCCUCGAGUGACACGCUUGUGGUGCCGAACGGCAAGUCCGCCAACGCCAUCCGCCGUACGGUGAGCCCAUCGACUUCGAGUACGUCGAUCCACGACGAGCAGCUUGUGUACAAGGCGCUCCUGGCGUAA